CUGAAAUCUCAGGUUACUUGACUGGGAGUUCUCAGACCUCCAGUUUCAGUCCUGCCCUCAGCCUCCAGUCGGUGAGAGACACCCAGCCCCAGCAAUUGGAUUGGGCAGCCCGUCUUGAGACACCACUGUGCUGAGUGCUUGAGGACGUGUUUCACCAGAUGGUUGGGGUUAGUGUGUGUCAUCACAUUCGAGUGGGGAUUAGGAGCAGGAAGCCUGCCUUGCUGGAACUGUGUGGUCUUCUCCAAGUGCGAGCUGCAGGCAAGGAAACUACUUUGCUUUUGGAAGAAGAAGAGGAGGAAUUCAUUUUCUGCAGCCACAAGAAAGGCAGUUUUUUCAGGUGCUGACGGCCACCCACCACCGUCUGAAGAAGGUGAUUUUGGCAGAUGACAUGCAGGUUCUCCACGACAGAGUAAUUGCAGAAAAUCUUCAAAGGACCCCAUCUGCCGAUGUUCUGAAUACCUCUGAGUACAGAAAUUGAUUCUUCAACCAGGAUACCUAAUUCAAGACCUGCAGAAACCAGGAGGCUGAGACAGUCUGUCGAUCUCGCGACAUUGGACCAAACACAAUGAAGUAUUCUUGCUGUGCUCUGGUUCUGGCUGUCCUGGGCACGGAGCUGCUGGGGAGCCUCUGUUCGACUGUCAGAUCCCAGAGGUUCAGAGGACGGAUUCAGCAGGAGCGAAAAAACAUCCGACCCAACAUUAUUCUUGUGCUCACUGAUGAUCAAGAUGUGGAGCUGGGGUCCCUGCAAGUCAUGAACAAAACAAGAAAGAUUAUGGAGCACGGGGGGGCCACCUUCACCAACGCUUUUGUGACCACCCCUAUGUGCUGCCCCUCCCGGUCCUCCAUGCUCACCGGAAAGUAUGUGCACAACCACAACGUCUACACCAACAAUGAGAACUGCUCCUCACCUUCAUGGCAGGCGAUGCACGAACCUCGGACUUUUGCUGUAUAUCUUAACAACACUGGCUACAGAACAGCCUUUUUUGGAAAAUACCUCAAUGAAUAUAAUGGCAGCUACAUCCCUCCUGGAUGGCGAGAAUGGCUUGGAUUAAUCAAGAAUUCUCGUUUCUAUAAUUACACUGUUUGUCGUAAUGGCAUCAAAGAAAAGCAUGGAUUUGAUUAUGCAAAGGACUACUUCACAGACUUAAUCACUAACGAGAGCAUUAAUUACUUCAAAAUGUCUAAGAGAAUGUAUCCCCAUAGGCCCAUUAUGAUGGUGAUCAGCCACGCUGCGCCCCACGGCCCCGAGGACUCGGCCCCACAGUUUUCAAAACUGUACCCCAAUGCUUCCCAACACAUAACCCCUAGUUAUAACUAUGCACCAAAUAUGGAUAAGCACUGGAUUAUGCAGUACACGGGACCCAUGCUGCCCAUCCACAUGGAAUUUACAAACGUUCUACAUCGCAAAAGGCUUCAGACUUUGAUGUCAGUGGACGAUUCUGUGGAAAGGCUGUAUAAUAUGCUCGUGGAGACGGGGGAGCUGGAGAACACUUACAUCAUUUACACUGCCGACCACGGUUACCAUAUUGGGCAGUUUGGACUGGUCAAGGGGAAAUCCAUGCCAUAUGACUUUGAUAUCCGUGUGCCUUUCUUUAUUCGUGGUCCAAGUGUAGAACCAGGAUCCAUAGUCCCACAGAUCGUUCUCAACAUCGACCUGGCCCCGACGAUCCUGGACAUCGCUGGGCUCGACACGCCUCCCGAUGUGGACGGCAAGUCCGUCCUCAAACUUCUGGACCUGGAAAAGCCAGGUAACAGGUUUCGAACAAACAAGAAAGCCAGAAUUUGGCGUGAUACAUUCCUUGUGGAAAGAGGGAAGUUUUUACGUAAGAAAGAAGAAUCCAGCAAGAAUAUCCAACAGUCAAAUCACUUGCCCAAAUAUGAGAGGGUCAAAGAAUUGUGCCAGCAGGCCAGGUACCAGACAGCCUGUGAACAGCCUGGGCAGAAGUGGCGGUGCAUCGAGGACACCUCUGGCAAGCUUCGAAUUCACAAGUGUAAAGGAUCCGGGGACCUGCUCACGGUCCGGCAGAGCACGCGGAACCUCUACUCUCGAGGCUUCCCCGACAAGCACAAAGAAUGCAGUUGCGGAGAGUCCGGUUAUCGUGCGGGCAGAAGCCAGAGGAAGAGUCAAAGGCAGUUCCUGAGAAACCAGGGGACCCCGAAGUACAAGCCCAGAUUUGUCCAUACCCGGCAAACACGUUCCUUGUCAGUCGAAUUUGAAGGCCAAAUAUAUGACAUAAACCUGGAAGAUGAGGAAUUGCAAGUGUUGCGACCGAGAAACAUUGCCAAGCGCCAUGAUGAGGGCCACAGGAGGCCCGGAGGUGCCCAGGCUGCCGGCGACGGGGACGUGAUGCUGGCAGACAGAGACAAUGCCCUGGGCCUGCCCACCUCCGUCCGAGUGACUCACAAGUGCUUUAUUCUUCCGAAUGAUACAAUCCACUGUGAGAGAGAACUGUAUCAAUCGGCCAGAGCCUGGAAGGACCACAAGGCAUACAUCGAUAAAGAGAUUGAAGCCCUGCAAGACAAAAUUAAGAAUUUAAGAGAAGUGAGAGGACACCUAAAAAGGAGAAAGCCGGAGGAAUGUGCCUGUAGCAAACAGAGCUAUUAUAAUAAAGAAAAAGGUGUAAAAAAGCAAGAGAAGGUGAAGAGUCAUCUCCACCCAUUCAAGGAAGCUGCUCAAGAAGUAGACAGCAAGCUGCAGCUUUUCAAGGAGAACCGUAGGAGGAAGAAAGAGAGGAAGGAGAAGAAACGCCAGAGGAAGGGGGAGGAAUGCAGCCUCCCUGGCCUCACCUGCUUCACCCACGACAACAACCACUGGCAGACGGCCCCGUUCUGGAACUUGGGAUCUUUCUGUGCCUGCACGAGUUCUAACAACAACACCUACUGGUGUUUGCGUACAGUUAACGAGACGCAUAAUUUUCUUUUCUGUGAGUUCGCCACUGGCUUUUUGGAGUAUUUUGAUAUGAAUACAGAUCCUUAUCAGCUCACAAACACAGUGCACACGGUGGAACGGGGCAUUUUGAAUCAGCUACACGUACAACUCAUGGAGCUCAGGAGCUGUCAAGGAUACAAACAGUGCAACCCAAGACCGAAGGGCCUGGAAGUUGAGGACAGUUAUGGGAUGGAUGGGAAGGUUAAUCCGCCCGGCCUCGCUGCAGAUGUCAACUGGCAAGGUCUGGAGGAUUUAUACAGAGUGAACAAAAGUGUCUAUGAGUACAGACAAAACUAUACACUUAGUCUGGCUGACUGGACUAAUUACUUGAAGGAUGUAGAUAGAGUAUUUGCACUGCUGAACAGCCACCAGGAGCAAGACAAAACAACUAAGACUGCAACUGCUCAAAGUGAUGGGUCCCUGGCUGGAUCUGCGGAGCUCUCGGCGCCGGUAGAGAGAGCUUCCGCGGAGUCCGAUGAGGACCCGAGUCCUACGCUUGGGGAAGCGCCUUAUUGGACCUGGCCGGCUGACCUUCGAACCCUGCCUUUGAACCAACCAACAUUCAGUCCAGAGACGAAACUUGAAUGGAACAACGACAUUCCCGAAGUGAGUCGUUUGAAUUCUGAACACUGGAGAAAUCAUAAAACUGACACGUGGACGGAGCACGAAGAGAGAAAUCAUCUUGCAAGCGAUCUUAGCGGCAACGGCCUCACGGAGCUGAUGGUGCCUCCCAGGCCCCGGGGGCAGCAUGAAUUUCCCCGGGGGGCCGGUCCAGGCGAGGAUGUUUUUGAUCUUCUUCCCCGGGGGGCCGGUCCAGGCGAGGAUGUUUUUGAUCUUCUUCCCCGGGGGGCCGGGCCAGGCGAGGAUGUUUUUGAUCUUCUUCCCCGGGGGGGCGGUCCAGGCGAGGAUGUUUUUGAUCUUCUUCCCCGGGGGGCCGGGCCAGGCGAGGAUGUUUUUGAUCUUCUUCCCCGGGGGGCCGGGCCAGGCGAGGAUGUUUUUGAUCUUCUUCCCCGGGGGGGCGGUCCAGGCGAGGAUGUUUUUGAUCUUCUUCCCCGGGGGGCCGGGCCAGGCGAGGAUGUUUUUGAUCUUCUUCCCCGGGGGGGCGGUCCAGGCGAGGAUGUUUUUGAUCUUCUUCCCCGGGGGGGCGGUCCAGGCGAGGAUGUUUUUGAUCUUCUUCCCCGGGGGGCCGGUCCAGGCGAGGAUGUUUUUGAUCUUCUUCCCCGGGGGGCCGGGCCAGGCGAGGAUGUUUUUGAUCUUCUUCCCCGGGGGGGCGGGCCAGGCGAGGAUGUUUUUGAUCUUCUUCCCCGGGGGGGCGGUCCAGGCGAGGAUGUUUUUGAUCUUCUUCCCCGGGGGGCCGGGCCAGGCGAGGAUGUUUUUGAUCUUCUUCCCCGGGGGGGCGGUCCAGGCGAGGAUGUUUUUGAUCUUCUUCCCCGGGGGGGCGGUCCAGGCGAGGAUGUUUUUGAUCUUCUUCCCCGGGGGGGCGGUCCAGGUGAGGAUGUUUUUGAAGAUCAGCUGCAUCUUCCUGCGCAUGCUGAUGUGGAUUCCAUUCAUCAGACGAUCAAUACGUCUGCCAGGGAGCAGCCAACCAACUCCAGCAGCGAGAAGAGGAUGUUGAACAAGGCGAAGAAUCACAAGACGGGGAGCUUACAGAGUCUCGAAGGCAGUGCCUCCUUUCCACUCUCCUCCGAUUAGCUGAAAUUGUGACCUUACCCCAAACACAGUACUUUUUUUUUUUAACUUUUUAUUAGUAAACUAAUAAAGGCGAUCACGACAGCGAACAUUCUAAGCUACCCUAGGCACACAGACGCAGAAGUUAGGGCGCAGAUCAGCAGGAGGCACACAGGGACUCGGUGUUGUAAUUCACGAUUGGUCCAGAAUAGAAAGAAAGGUUGACUCGUGUUUGUUUGUUUGUUUGUUUGUUUGUGGGGAGACUAAAACAGUAUUAUCUUUUGAAAGUGAUAGGGAUAUGCCUAUCCAAAUAUUAUCCAAUCAAGACGGCUAGAAUUGUAACUUUCUGGGUUUCUAAAACUUGACCUCCUCCAUGAAUUUUUCAGCACACUUUCCACUGCCCGCCUAAUGUGGUUUUGAUUCCUUUUUUAACCACUGGAACUUUUCAGUGCCAUCACCUUCAAUGAUUUUGCACUUUGAGAUCAGAACACCAUGUCUGUUCGGUUAGUCUUUUUUUUUUUUUUUCUUCCCAUAGGCUUUCCAUAGUCUCACUCCUUGCUCUCAGUGUGACCACGGGAAGUAGACCCCAAGAAUGACACACAGUAUGGAUGACAUAUUGUUCAGCAUACGCUUUUGCCAGAAGACAUUGCAUGCGUUUUCCUCGACUUGCUAAACUUGAUUAGCAGAAAGGCAUGGCUAACGAUGUUGGCAGUAAAAAUAAAUAAAUCAACAAAACCAAGAUUGUCUGCUUUCUCUGUGCCUAGCCUCAAAGUGUUCAUCAUAUGCUUCAGAUUGCAAAAUUUUUAUUAUUUUAUUAACAGGAUAAAAGGACUGAAGACGUUUUUUUUGCUCAUCUUCGUUUUCUUGACCUGCCUAGUAAGGUCAAGUUUUGAGAAGAUAUGCUUAGUUUUGAAUUUAUAUAAGAAAUCUUUUUCAAUAAAACAAACUCACAAAUGUUUCAUAUUUUAAACACACCAUAUGUGUUAUAUGAUCAUUUUUAAGGCCUUCACCAAGUUCUGAUUUUUUUAAAGACAUAAUUCAAGACUGCUUUUGAAAUUCUGUAUUCUUAAAAAUAUUCUUGUUAUGUAUUAGAUUUUUAAAUACCAGCAAAAGGAUUACCUCAUUGAGAAUUAUCAGUACCCUAGCCAACUUCCCAAGAAGGUUUUUUUUUUAGCUUAACAGUGAUUUUCUUUUUAUUUUUAGAUCACUCAAAUGCAUAGGUAAAUUAUGUUUUCUUUAAGUGUUUAAGGUAAACUCUUUCAAAGAAAAUUUAAUAUGUUGUAGUUGAAUCUUUGAUAACUUUAAGUCUUUAUCAUAGACUCUGUACAUAUGUUAAAAUUAACUAGCUCUUUAUCAGAUGUGUGUGUCACCAGCUGAAUGACAGAAGAAACAUAUUUAUGGUCAUGAAUGAUGUGCUUUGUAAAAAGGUUUCAAGUUAUUAGGAAGCAUACUGUGUUUUUUAAUCUUGUGUAAUAUUCUGUGAUACUUUUAUAGAACAAUUCUGGCUUCGGGAAAGUCUAGAAGCAAUAUUUCUUGAAAUAAAAGGUGUUUAAAUUUUA